AUGCAUCUGCCACUGUUCUCCCAUUCAGACCCAACGCCUCCAGCUGCAAAGCUGCUGUUAAACCACUUCUCCAGUUGUGUGAGAGAGACGAGAGAGGGAGGAUUCGAAACUCGAAGGGGGAAACGGACGGACAUGUCUUUUGAGGUGAAAGAGAAGACGGAGGUACGCCUGGUGUUCCUGGGAGCGGGUGGAGUGGGGAAGACGGCCCUCAUCCAGCGAUUCCUCAAAGACUCUUUCGAGCCGAAGCACAGGCGCACGGUGGAGGAGCUCCACAGGAUGGAGUACGAGGUGGGGGGCGUCAAAGUCACCAUCAACAUCAUGGACACCAGCGGCAGCUACUCCUUCCCCGCCAUGCGCAAGCUCUCCAUCCAGAACAGCGACGCCUUCGCCCUCGUCUACGCCGUGGACGACCCCAACUCCCUGGAGGCCGUCAAGAGCCUGCGGGAGGAGAUCCUGGAGGUGAAGGAGGACAAGUACACGCCCAUCGUGGUGAUCGGCAACAAGAUCGACCGCCACAACGAGCGGCAGGUGUCCAGCGAGGACGCCCUGUCCAGGGUGGAGCUGGACUGGAACCACGUUUUCCUGGAGUCCUCGGCCAAGGAGAACAUCAACGUUCUGGAGGCGUUCAGGGAGCUGCUGCAGCAGGCCAACCUGCCCUGCCGGCUGAGCCCGGCGCUCUGCCACCGCCGGGAGACCUUCCCCAAGGAGAGCCACACGAGGCCGCCCAUGAACAAGACCAACAGCUGCAUGAUCUCAUAG